AUGGCAUCAAGCAAAUUCUCGUCUUCUUCAAAUGGUUCAAACUCGUCCUGGACACCCAAACAAAACAAGCUGUUUGAAAAGGCCUUGGCUGUAUAUGACAAGGACACCCCAGACCGCUGGCAAAAUGUGGCCAAGGCUGUAGGUGGCAAAUCUCCUGAAGAAGUGAAGAUACACUACGAUCGUCUUGUGGAGGAUCUAAAGUACAUAGAAUCUGGCCAAGCUCCACUGCCCCCCUACAAGUCCACUGGAAGCAAUGGUACAGGAAUUGGUGAAGAGCAGAGGCUAAUGAAGAAUCUAAGGAUCUAGAGAAGCACAGAGAUAUUGUUAAAAAAGGAAAAGCACAUGAACUAGUAUUUAAAAGAAGUGAAUCGACUCUUCCACCACGCUUUGGUUCUGCCGUUUCCGACUCGGG